GUCUUCCUCAUUUGUCUUUUUACUAAUGUCUGUGUGAGAGAGAGAAGACGAUCCAACCAUCUGUCUUUCUUCUUCCUUUUCUUCACUCUUUCAACUCCUUUCCCCCAGAAAAAAAAAAAGCCUCUUCCUCUUUACAUCUAAAAAAAUCGACUUUUGUUUUUUUCUUAAAGCUAAAAAAGAGCUUUCUGUAAUCAAUUUGAUAUAUAUAUUUGUAGCGUUUUGAGGUAUUUAUGUUCAUUGAUUGCUUGAUUGACUAUUUAAUCCAUCUUAAUUUGGAUUACUAGUUUCCCGAUUUAGAUAAUUUUAGGGGUUAGGGUUUUUUGAGGUGUGUCUGUGGUUAAUUUGGUAAGAAGAUGGCUACACUUGUAAGAAAGUUCUUACCUUUAUCAUCACCGGUUCCUAUAAAGGAUAAUCACGCUAGUGACGAUGGUGAAGAAAGUAGUAAUAGUUUUCAGAUUGAUUAUUCAUUUGCAGAGGAGUAUAAAGGUCCUCUUAUUGCUACUAAUCUUCCACGAGCUAAUCCCGUUCAAGUUGAUGAGAUUCCCACGGCUCUUCCCGUUUCGUUUACUUCCUUGUCCAGUGCUGUCUCUUACCCUGUGGUUCAGCCUCUCCCUACGGCUAAUAGACUUACCAAGAAACCACCUGAGAAGAAGAAGAACGGUUUUGUUGAUUCUGCAGCUAGCUCUAGUGUGGUUUUGAAGCCUCAUCAUUUGGUCUCUGGAUCAUCAUCAUCGUCAUCACCGUCAUCAAGUAGGGUUACCAGGAAACCACAUGAGAAGAAGAACGGUUUUGUUGAUUCUGUAGCGAGUCCUAGUGUGGUUUUGAAGCCUCAUCAUGUGGUUUCUGGAUCGUCAUCAUCAUCAUCACAGAGGUUGGAGGUAGGAGAAGAAGUUGCUUCACCGUCAUCAUCGGCAGCAGAAGUAAGAGAGGAAUCAGAAGGUGAAGAUGAUUGUUCGGAUGAAGAAGAGCAAGUAAACCGUGUGAGAUUCGCUGAGGAGAGUGAAUAUGAUGAAGAAAGCGUUUACAUGUCUGAUGGGGAGAGUAUAGCUGCUGCAACGCCUAGAGCUGAAAGGAAAGGUAAAAAAGGGUCGUGCUACCGAUGCCUUAUGGGGAGCAGGUUUACGGAGAAGGAAGUUUGCAUUGUCUGCUGUGCCAAAUACUGUUCCAAUUGUGUGCGUAGAGCCAUGGGUGCGAUGCCUGAAGGAAGAAAGUGUCAGACUUGCAUUGGUUUCAGAAUCGCUGAGGACAACAGAAAGAGUCUUGGCAAGUGUUCAAGAAUGCUGAAGCGUGUUCUCACGGAUUCGGAACUUAAACAAGUCAUGCAGGCUGAGAUCUCCUGCAAGGUGAAUCAGUUGCCUUCAAGGCUGAUCACUGUCAAUGGCAAGUCUUUGGAUGAAGAAGAGCUUUUCAUGUUGCAGACUUGUCCUAAUCCACCUAAAAAGCUAAAACCUGGAGACUAUUGGUAUGAUAAAGUUGCUGGCUAUUGGGGAAAGGUAGGAGAGAAACCUUGUCAGAUUAUAAGUCCUCACAUGAACAUAGGAGGUAACAUCAAGAAGGAAGCAAGCAGUGGUGACACUGAGAUUUUCAUUAAUAACCGGGAAAUAACCAAGAGUGAGCUCAUGAUGCUCAAGAUGGUUGGGGUACAGUGUGAAGGGAAGCCUCAUUUUUGGGUCAAUUCAGAUGGAACUUACCAAGAAGAAGGUCAGAACCGUAUCAUGGGGAACAUCUGGAGUAAGAAAAGAGCUAGGCUUGCAUGUGCGGUGUUCUCUCUGCCAGUUCCUCCUACUUCAUCUGCAGUAGAACCAAAUGAUGAACCCGUAUAUGAGCAUAAAAUGCUUAACAAGCUUCUUCUGAUUGGUGAGGAGAAAUGUGGUGCCACUACGAUUUACAAACAAGCAAGAUCUCUAUAUAAAGUCCCAUUCACUGAAGACGAGCGUGAAAGAAUCAAAGUCACAAUCCAAACCAAUCUCUAUGCGUAUCUAGCGAUGGUUCUUGAGGCAUAUGAACAAGAGAUGAACAAUAACCAGUCCUCAGACCAAACAGGCAAUACAGGAGAUGAGACCAGUGCUAAAACAGUUAGCUCCAUCAACCCGAGACUAAAACAUUUUUCAGAUUGGCUUCUCAAAGAAAAGGAAGAAGGAAACCUGAAGAUAUUUCCAGCGUCAAGCCGCGAGAAUGCUCAAACCGUUGCAGAGCUCUGGAGAGUACCAGCCAUUCAAGCCACCUACAAAAGACUUCGUGAUACAUUUCCCAGAAACGCUGUUUAUUUUCUUGGACGAAUUCUAGAGAUAUCGACAGCAGAAUACAAUCCUACUGAUAUGGACAUAUUGCAAGCGGAAGGACUCUCGUCUAUAGAAGGACUUUCUUGUGUGGAGUUCUCAUUCCCAUCAACAGCUCAAGAAGACUCUCUUGAGAUCGAUUAUCAACACGAUCCAAAAAUGAAGUACCAACUCAUCAGAUUAAAUCCAAGAAAGCUUGGAGAAAACUGGAAACUGCUGGAAAUGUUUGAAGACGCUGACCUGGUGAUAUUCUGUGUCCCACUAACAGAUUAUGGAGAGUACAUAGAAGACAGUGAAGGUGUUCUUGUGAACAAGAUGAUAGCAAACAAACAGCUCUUCGAGAGCAUGGUGACUCACCCCAUCCUAGCUAACAAAAGAUUCCUCCUGGUCUUAACCAAAUUCGAUCUCCUAGAAGAGAAAAUCGAGGAGGUUCCUUUGAGAACCUGUGAGUGGUUUGAAGACUUCAACCCGUUGAUCAGUCAGAACCAGACGAGCAGACACAACCCUCCGAUGGCUCAGCGUGCUUUCCAUUACAUAGGGUAUCAGUUCAAGAGACUGUAUGAUUCACUCGUGGAACCCUUUUCGACGCGUGGUGGUGGUGGUAGGUCCUUUAGGCCGAAGCUGUUUGUUUCACAAGUGAGCUUGGAGAGUGAUACUGUGGAUAAUGCACUUAGGUAUGCGAGAGAGAUUCUUAAGUGGCAUGUUGAAGAAACUUCCAUGUUCCAAGAGAUGUCCACUACUAGCAUCGAGGCCAGCUUAUCCUCUUGAUUCUUCCAAAAUUGAAAAUUCUUUUUUUCCUUUUUCUUAGAGUUUGUGGAUAACACAUGUAUUAUGUUUGUAUGAUGUGUCUGUGUACUGUGUGCAACAGUUGAAUCUUUAAAGAAAAAAUACAUGUGAUUUAAAGUGAUUACAGUUGAGAGAUUAUUAUGUUUGUAAACACCAAUGUGAAAGGCUACAAUACACAUAUAUGCAGCUUAUU